AAAUGAGAAUGAUGGUGAAAAUGAUGGAGACGAUAAUCUAGAAGGAGAUGAAAAUUUAAGCCCUCCUAACUCUGAUGGAGAUGAAGAAGUAUCUGAGAAAAGAAGAAUGAAAACCAUUAGAUAUGACCCCAAACGGGAUCAUAGGGAAAUAAAAUUUCAAGUAGGAAUGAGAUUUGCCUCACGCGCGCAAUUCAAGAAAGCUGUGCAACUUUACGCAAUCAUGAAUGGAUUCAAUAUUGGAUGGAAGAAGAGUGAAGCGAAAAAAAUGGACGGUAGGUGUAUGAGUGGUUGUGAAUGGAGAGUGUUUGCUAGUUGGUUGCAGAGUGAGAAGACUUUUAUCAUAAAAACCGUUGGAAAUGAACAUAUUUGCCCUAGAAGCAUGAGAAAUAAGAAUGCAACGUAUGUAUGGCUUGCGGAGCAGUUCUUGCCUAAAAUUAGAGCUAACUUGAAGUAUACAACAUCACAAAUGCAGGUUGAUGCAAUGGAGAUGUGGGCAUUGACACUGAAUAAGAGGAUUUGCUAUAGAGCGAUUGCUAGAGCUAUUGAAAUCAUGAGAGGUCCAUUUGUUGAGCAAUACAAGUUGUUGCACUCUUAUAGGGCUAAGUUGAUUCGAUGUAGUCCGAAUAGCACUUUUGAAUUAGAAGUUGGACGAAAUAAUACAUUCAAGAGAUUCUAUGUAGGCUUCAAAGAAUUGAAAGAGGGUUUUCUAGCAGGCUGUAGGCAAGUAAUUGGAUUGGAUGGAUGAUUUACGAAGACUUUAAUUAAAGGGAUGUUGCUUUGUGCUAUUGGCAGAGAUGGAAACAACCAAAUGUUUCCAAUUGCAUGGGCUGUUGUUGACGCCGAGACUGAAGAAUCUUGGACUUGGUUCCUCAAGCUACUAGUGAAAGACUUGAAUGUGGGACAAGGUCUUAGUUGGACCUUCAUGAGUGAUCAACAGAAGGUAAGAUUAUGCACAAGCUUUACUAAUAUAAAUAUUUUGUUGGUAAUAAUCUAACUUAUUUGCAUGCCAAAUAAUGUGUUGCGGGGCCUUCUUAAUGCAGUUUCUGAACUCUCUCCGCGAGCAGAGCAUAGGAAUUAUGCUCGGCACAUAUACGCUAACUGGAAAAAAAAUAUACAAGGGGGAAGCAUUUAGAAAUUGCUUUUGGAGAGCUGUAUAUUCAACAUAUGAGGUCAAUUUCGACAUAGCAAUAAAAGAAAUGAAGGAAGAGUCUAUUCAUGCAUAUGAAGACUUCAUGAGACAAGGUCCGUAACACUUUUGUAGGGCAUUCAUCAAGUGUGGACAAAAUUGCAAUGCUAUUGAGAACAACUUGAGUGAGACAUUCAAUGCAUACAUAUGCAAAGAAAGGGAAUGUCCCAUUGUUGAUAUGUUAGAGGGCAUAAGGAAAUUACUUAUGGCAAGAAUGUAUGAGAAAAGCCAAUUAAUGGUCCGUUCAAGAGAUGAGAUUUGUCCAAGAAUCAGAUUGAAAAUUGAGGAGGAAAAGAUGAACACUAGGUCUUGCAUUCCAAGGCCAUCUACUGCUUCCAGAUUCGAAGUUGAAGCAAAUGACGACACAUUUAUGGUUGAUCUGAACGAGAAGACAUGUACAUGCAAACGGUGGGAUAUAUCGAGAAUACCAUGUAACCAUGUCAUCUCGUGCAUCAACUUCAUGAAGGGUAACUUAAAUGAUUUUGUAGCUGAUUAUUUCAAGAAAGCUGCAUAUGAGCGUUGUUACCAAUUUGCAUUACCUACCUUGAAUGGAAGAAAAAUGUGGCCAGAAACUAGUGAAGAUCCUUUAUUGCCUCCACCAUUCAGAAAGCUUCCGGGGUGGCCCAAGAAAGACAGGAAGAGAUCCGACGGUGAGAAGAGAAAGGAUGAGAAAAGUAAAAGAAUAAGGAAGCCAAGGAUCACCAACACCAAUCCUACUAAAAAAUCAAAAGCUGGUGUUACCAUGAAAUGCUCCAAUUAUCAUGGGAUUGGACACAACAGGACCAAAUGCCCCCAACCUCCGACACCUGUGGAGAUCAAACAAGUUGGCAAAAGACGUAGGCCAAGGAAAGAUCCAAAGCAACCAACCAUUGAAGGAAGGGCAUCUAACAAACAAAGUGAAAGUACUACAGGUGCAUCCGUAAGUGCACAAUCAAACAUUAUUAGAUUUGAGAAGAGGAGGGUGAGUUGCUUCCUUUUUUAUUUUUAGAAUAAAUUUUAGUAGAUAAGUAU